CGCAGCUGUCGCUGCUCGUGUGUGGUUCAGUGGUGUGCGAACACAUCAAGACGAAGUGAGCCAUGCGAAGUGAAAUUCUACCGCAUCCCUAAAGACAACAGUGACGGACAACGAAAAGGAAAGACAACGAAGUUUGGAACAAGGCUCGCGGCUUGUGUUCACGAGCCUCGCUGGCUGCCUUUACGGGUGCGCUGAAGCGGUGAAGCCGUUACACGUCUGCAAUCAGUACCUGGCUGCCCGAACCAGUGCUCCCGAAGCUUCGUCUAUUCCGUCAGAGCCUGGCCGGGUACCGGAUUUGCCAACCGUCGCUACUUCGUAGCUGCGAAAGGACAAGCAAGGUGAAGCGCAAGCUGUCAUCCGGCUCGACAAGCAGCGGCUCCAGUCGCUCGCCAUCCAACAUGACGGCAAACCUCCCGGAAGGCUUAGCUGCUCUCACGAUGCAGCAGCAACCUGAUGUUCCAGGAGACCCAACAGAAGCACCUGCUUCCCUGCAGUGUUCAAACGAUGAGAUGCUGGCUGCGCGCACGCCACAGCUCGUCGAGCAGCAACACUCACGAGUGCGCCGUCGAUGGAGCGGACGGGGAGCAAGAAGAGCGCAGCAUGAAGAACGGCUGGAUCCAGGUAUCGUCACCACCUCGUUUCAUGUCACGAGCUCUUCAGGCAGUGCAGGAAACGUGUUAUGCCGAGGCCCAGAGCCAGGGAUGGAACACUGCCUUGUUCAUCGAGGACUCGACGCUGCAGAAGCGCGACUCAGAGGACGCGGAGGUCAAAGGGUGGGUCCGGAUCGUCCCUGGUCGCUGUGCAGAAUGUCGACGACCGGUCCGGGCAGGUGGCGAGGUGCCUCUGGUAGUCCUCAGCGUUGGCGGGCGCCAUGUGAGCCUUGGUGAAAGGUCAAGGCUUAAGGAGGCACGGAGGGUGUUCCCUGCGGCACAUGGUCACGUGUUUUCCGCGAUUGCAAGAGUUGUGGUCUGUUUUGUUGGAUCUUAA